AUUCCUCUGCUCUCACUCUCACUCUCUCGCUCCUCUCCUCUCUGCUCUUCGACGCCGGCGGCGACUUGCGCUGUGGAAGCUCCACCGCCGCCAUGCCUUCCUGGAAUGACGGGGAUACGAGCUCAGAGGAUGAGUGCGACAUCACAAGCAUGGACAUGGCUCUUUGGGAGACCCCUGACACCACCGUGGAGCCUCUUUUCUGUGGCCAGCUGGAGCUUUCUGAACCCACCUGCAUGAUGCACCACAUGAGGCCAAUUAAGUGUGUGGCAUUUGAAGGAACCUUAACUGGAAGGCGUUUCUAUGGUUGUCCAGUGCAGCAGAGUGAAGGUGUUAACUGUGGUGUUACUGAGUGGGUUGUCAAGCCCUGGCAUCCAAUUCUUCAGAAUUGCUUGUCCAGGCUGUGGGACAUGUACCAUGAACAGAAUUGUGGCGGGGUAGUUGAUAAGCAGAAGUAUGAGAAGCAUUUGGCCAAGCUUAAGACUGAAAAUGACAAGCUGUGCAUUGAGUACACAAAGCUUGUCCAAGAUGUUUGA